AUGGAAUCCACAGGCUAUCGGGAGUCGCGGCCACUGCAUUACCUUUCCAUUGCUGAGGCCCGGUCAGGCUUCGCUAGUGGUGCGUUUACACCGGUGGACGUCCUGGAAGCGUGCCUCCAGCGAGUGGGGGACCAUGACAAGAAGCUGCACUGUUGGGUGCACUUGACUGCUGCCAGUGCUCGGGAGGAGGCGAAGGCAUCUGCUGCGCGCUGGGCUGCAGGCAGGCCGCUGUCCCAGCUCGACGGCGUGCCCGUGGGCAUCAAGGACCUGUUCGACACGGAAGGGGUGCCCACCGCCGCAGGCUGCCGCGCUCUGCGCGGCCGCGUGCCGACGGAGGAUGCGCACGCCGUGGCCCUGCUCCGCAGCGCGGGAGCCGUGCUGGUGGGGAAGCUCUUCACGACAGAGUUCGCGAGCGGUGGCAUUCUGAAUCCUCACUACCGCGACGAGGUGACGCGCAACCCUUUCGAUCUCGGGAGGUCUCCCGGAACCUCCAGCGCCGGGACCGCGGCAGCCCUCGCAGCGGGCCACAUCCUCGCCGGCACAGGGUCCGACACUGGCGGCUCCAUCAGGGGUCCAGCCGCGUUUUGUGGGCUGACAGGGAUGAAACCCACGUAUGGUUUGGUCAGCAAACGAGGUGUCUUUCCCCUGAGCAGAACACUCGACACUGCCGGGCCCUUGUGUCGCUCCGCCCAGGAUUGUGCGGUCGGCGGAUUUCUCAAUGUGAUCAAGGGUCAUGACCCUGCUGAUCCCGACUCACUCAUGGGACCCAAUCGAGAGGAGGAUCUGACGGCCAACCUUGGAAGCGGGCUGACGGGGCUGAAUCUAGGCGUGGUGCCGUCGCUAUUGGAAAAAUCAUCUGAAGAAGUGAAAGCUCAUUUUAAGACGGCGCUGAAAGUUUUCGAGGAUUUGGGCUGCUGCAUUGUUGACGUUGAGCCACUAGCGGGCACCGAGGACGAGAACUUGGACGAGUGGGAACUGCUGAGUGCGAUCAUGCUGCCGGAGAAGGCCACCUACAUUGAGCAGCUGCUGCGCCAUCGGCAGAGCGAUGUCUCGCCGCUGUGUCUUGAGACAGCCGCCCCCUACCUCGACUCCAGCGUCUCGAGGUACAUCAAGGCGUUGGGGCAGCGGGAGCGCGUGGAGGCAGCGUUUGAGGGCAGCCUGCGCUCUCGGAACAUCUCGGCGUAUAUCCUGCCGACCACGAAGACCGCGGCUUCAUCCCUCCCAGCCGACCUGAGCGAGAUGGCCGAGCAACGGCGGCGCAAGCAGUCUCGCACCUCGUCUUCAUCGCUUCCUGUUCUCAGAAACGACCAGUACAACACGAUGAUCUUCAAUAUCACGCGGCAGCCAUCUAUCGCCUUCCCAAUGGGCCUAGACUCAGACGGUCUGCCCACCUCUUGCAUGGUCAGCGGACCGAAGUGGGCAGACGCGGUGGUCUUGCGGAUAGCACACGCUUUUCAGACAGUGACCGACCACCACCUCAGGCGUCCUUCCUUAUCCCAGUGUUGA